CACCCCUUUCCAUGCUAUGGCCAAUCACAUAGCUCUGGCUUUACGAGGGAACUACUUCUACAACCAAUUGCUGCUUGCUCUGUUGCUACGUCAUCGAAGAAAACAUGGCGGCGCACAUAACCAGAGCUGUGAAACGACUUCUUCCACAGGAGAGCGGUUGGCUCCUGCCCGCAGCCUGGCAGUUGUAUACCGAAGCAUGGCGUUAUCACCAUCAGUCGGCAGGCCCCUCGCUGCGCUACAUACCCCGCAGGGCGGUUCUCUACUGCCCAGGCAAUGAUGAGCGAAAAUUGAGGAAACUAGCCACGCUGGAUGUCGACUGUGCGGUCUUGGACUGUGAGGAUGGUGUGGCCCUCAGUAAAAAGACAGAGGCCAGGGAGACCAUUCCCAGGAUGUUAGCAGAACUGGACCUGGGCCGGACAGAGAAGUGUGUGAGGGUGAACUCAGUGUCCAGUGGCUUAGCUGAGGCUGACCUGCAGGUCAUCCUGCAGGCUGAGGUUCUCCCUCCUGCCAUCAUGUUGCCCAAAGUGGAGGACAUGCAGGAGGUACAGUGGUUUGUUGACAGGUUUCAGCACAACUUGAAAGGACGGGCACUGACAGAACCCAUUCGUCUGGUCACCUUUGUGGAAACCGCUGUGGGCCUGCUUAAUUUUAAGGUGGUUUGUGAGGAAAUCCGUCGACUUGCUCCCAGCGCCGGUCUACACCAUGACGGCGUAGUGUUUGGCUCUGAUGACUUCUGUGCCAGCAUAGGUGCCACACGGACUAAAGAUGCCAGGGAGCUCCUUUAUGCAAGGCAGAAGGUGGUUGUGACCACCAAAGCAUUUGGUCUGCAGGCUAUCGACCUGGUCUACAUUGACUACAAAGAUGUGGAGGGGCUGAGGCGACAGGCCAGAGAGGGAGCUCUCAUGGGCUUUACAGGUAAGCAGGUUAUCCACCCAGGGCAGAUCCAGGCUGUGCAGGAAGAGUUCUCCCCCAGUCAAGAGAGGGUCCAGUGGGCCAAAGAGCUCAUUGCUGCUUUUGACCAACACCAAAAGGAGGGAAAGGGUGCGUUCACCUUCCGCGGCAGCAUGAUUGACAUGCCCUCAGUGAAGCAGGCACAGAACAUCAUAACACUCUCCGUCGAGGUGCCAGAGAAAUAACACGACCGGUGGGAAGAAACGGGAGGAACCGCACAACUAAACCCUGACAAGAGAAGGAAACUGGAACUGUUGCAGGUUUCAUGACAAAAAUAGCACUUCAAAACCUUAUGAACUAUGUUGCCUGACGUAAGUGGAUGGUGGAAAUUGUAUUUUUAAUUUAUUUUUUAAUAAUUGUUGAAAAUGUUUGAUUAAAUUACUUUGUUUGUGGUAGCAGUUGCAGUGAAGAUUUACUUUUGCUGCGGUGGUCCAGUUUUGUUGAGGAUGAUUUUGACAAUAUGAAAUCUGCACAUAGCGAGUAGCAGCAGCAGAUAUCUGCCUCUCAACGGCGUGUUGACGACUACUGCCCUGUGUGGCCACUUUCUUGGCACACUCUGCAGUGUGUGCGCCAUCAUGUCAUUCUCCAGUGUGUGUGCCCAUGCCUCCCAUCUCUCCUAGGUCAUGAUGAAUGCUCUCCCAUCUCCACGGUCCAGGCAGCUGGGCGAAAGGGUAAACAAACACAACAAGCCACUGUUGUGGAUCUAUUCAUUAGGCCCCAGUCUUCCAGUCAGGCCUCAGCCCCCUGCCCAGGGCCUGACUCACAAACAUCAAAGUCUUUCUCGCUUAAAAAAACACAGAUGGAAGUGCGUAAACUCGCGAUUUAGCUUUUUUUGUGUCGGUCUCCUUAGUAAAGACAUGCAUCCUGUGGUCUUGAUGGAGAAGGCGUGUGGCGUCAGACACACCAUGACCUGUACAAAAAAUACACUGCAUACAUGCACAUGCUGCGGCAGUAUUCUUUACCUGAUCUCUCAUUUAACACUAAGAGUUAAACUUGGAUGUUCAGCUAUAUUGUUUCCAGAUUAGAUUCACCGUUUUUUUUUUAAUCGGCAUCUUCAAAAAAAAAAAAAAAAUGAAUUUCCUCACUUUGAUAAAAAUGAACUCCUAAACAAGUUCAGUAAAGUCGUUUGUCGUGCUGUCAGAAAUAAAAGUACAAUGGGGCUCUGUGGAGCGCUUGUGAACGUCUGACUUCCAGAGACAGUGAAGUGGGUGUGAUCUUCGAGUGAAACAGAUUAGUGGCCAUGUUGCUCCAGCAGACCAGGACCGAGGCUUUGUCUCUCUGACUGUGGAUGGGAGGAUAAUUGCGGGGGUGUUGAAUGGUUAAUAGUGCCAUUGGUGACCAUGGUAAUGAAAGGCACCAUACCUCCCCUACCCCACCUCAUCCACUCAUAUCUCUCUCUCUCUCUCUCUCUCUCUCUCUCUCUCUCUCUCUCUCUCUCUCUCUCUCUCUCUCUCUCUCUCUCUCCCCGUCUCUCUAGUACUGUAUGAUCUAUUGUGUCUGGGGCAGGUCUGUGGUCUUUGCCAGGCCAGGCCAGACAAAAAGAUCGAAACCACUCCUGCGCCCAGCCAAAGACCCGAACAGUAAGCUGUCCCUUUGGCAUUUGGCCACAUAUUUCCCUCACCCCUGGCUCACUUUUUCUGACGGGAAUUUACAUUCAGCUUGUUUGUUUGUUUUCACCCAAUCUACCAUUAUACCCUGAGGUUGGUGGACAAAACCAAUAUUAUGUAUGACUUUCUUUAAACAAAUAGAGAAACAUUAUUUGGUUAGAGCCAUUUUGCGAGGCUCUGCAGAUCUUUAAAAAUAGAUGUCAGACCAGCCGCAUCUUCAACUUGAUACUUGGUAUAAUAAAUAAAAGAGGUGUUUCUUCGACUUGUCAGUUACAGAAUUUGUAGACUGAGUAGCCUGUACUGAUUGCUUCAAUCAUAUUGUAUCUUAUUUUGGGGUUAUGUCAUUAACACGGGUUAUGCAGAUGAUUUUGAUCAAACUUUGAAACACUUUUACAUUGAUAUUUUAAAGAUUCAUUCAUUUGUCAUUUGUUAGUAGCUAAAUUGUGUCCUAAUCCCAUCUGAAAUGAAUGCAGAAAAAGUUGCAGAAUGUGAAGUGCAGUUUUCUUGAAACAAAUAAAGAGCUGUUUGACAGCUUGAUUUAAAGUGUGAUGCUAAUUAUUGUCUCCAUCAAUAAAUGUUAAAAU